GUUCUUUUGUGCAUCGCUCCCAUCUUUAACCCCCCUGUUUUGUUUCCCAGGGCAGCCUCCCUCCGAGCCCCCCGUCCUGAGACCCCCGUUUCUUCCCUCGGCACCUCCAGCCCCCCACCCCACCACUGGUGACAGCAGAGCUUCGACCAUUGCCUGUGACUCCCCCAAGCCACCCCCCCAGCCCCUGCCAGAGCCCUCCUGCCCCUCGCUGCCUCUGCCCGGCCCCCCGCCCAGCGGCCUGCUCAGCUUCAGCAGCCAGGGUCCUGUCCCCCCGCCCGCGGCACCCCCUGCCGACCAGACUUUGGGCCCUGUCCCCCAGGUGCUGGGCCCCGCCCCCCAACCCUUCGCCUGGCCCCUGGCGGAGCUGGUGCAGGCCACGGGCGGCUUCGCGGAGCAGCACAAGGUCGGGGAAGGUGGGUUCGGCUGCGUGUACCGCGCCCGACUGCGCAACACGGACUACGCUGUCAAGCGGCUCAAGGAGGACACGGAGCUAGAUUGGAGCAGCAUCCGGAGCAGCUUCCUCACCGAGGUGGAAAAACUGUCACGGUUCCGGCACCCCAACAUCGUGGAGUUCGGGGGGUUCUGUGCCGAGCGGGACCAUUUCUGCCUCGUCUACGUUUUCAUGCCCAACGGGUCCCUGGAGGAUCGGCUGAGCGGCCAGGGCGGGUGCCCCCCCCUGUCGUGGGCCCAGCGGCUGGAGGUGCUGGUGGGGACAGCGCGAGCGGUCCAGUUCCUGCACCGGGACACGCCCAGCCUGAUCCACGGGGACGUCAAGAG